AUGGCCGGCUCUAUCGAUGCACCCAACUCUGGUUACGCGACGGCCAUCGACGAAGAUGAAGUCACGAGUGGACAUACUCAAGCCAGAGACAAACUAGAGGAAGCUUUGUCCCGCGUGAAUGAGCUAUUGGAUAGGGCCACGAAAGAGAUGGACGAUGGUGUCCUGGCAAACGCGAUGGACUCGUUACGGGAGACCAUCCGUCACGAAGAAGAGGACGACGGAACGCGCGCGAAGGCUGAAGCUGGCCUGAUCAAAGCUCUUGUAACCCGGUUCGCUCGGUAUGGAUGGGUUGAUGACAUGGAUGAAGGGAUGAAGCUUUUGCUGAGGAAGAAGUCAAAUCCAUUGACAUCCAUCCGUGGAGCGAAGGUUUGGUUGAAGGACAAGUUGAAUCCAUUCAUCCGUGAAUCGCCAGCAUCUGGCUUACGGGGCAAGCGCUGCGUGGACAACAUAUCCUUCGCCCUCAAUUCUAUCCGACAAUACCGACAAUCAGUUAGCGUAUCCGAGCUAGAUACCGCGAUUCUUGUCGCCAAUGAAGCUCUGGCCUCGUGUCAUGGUACCACCAACAGCCGAAGCCAGCUAUUACUCCGGGCUGGGAACGCCCUGGUUCUGAAGUACCUGGCGUCCGAUGACGCGAGGUAUCUUGGCUUGGCUGAGGCGUCUUUUCAAGAUGCUAGGCAGGUUCUCGGAAGCGGCGAUCCAACGCUCUUCACUGUACUUCUCAAUCUCCAGCAUAUUGUAUCCAUCAAGCUCGCAGAAUGCAAAGGAGAGGAGUCGGUUAGGUUGCUGGAGCUGAAUCAACUACGAGAGGAAAUGGAGAACGUGGACGAAAAAGGGAGGAACGCGUACAAGCUCGGAACACAGCUGAUGCAAGGCGAUAAACAUCAGUUAGAGGAAUCUCUGUUGUGGUUUCGACAGUCACUUUCAUUCCGACCGCCACAGCAUCCAAGACGUCAGAACACACUUUCGCAUUGUGCCAUUGCCCUACGUAACCGGUUUCAUUCCACGCGCGACUUCCGCGACCUGGAAGAGAGUGCGGCGCUGCACAGAGAAGCACUCGAUCAUCGGCCUCCUGGCCACCCCUCCCGCCCUGCCUCGCUCAACAACCUGGCAUCCUCGCUCUCCGUCCGCUUCCAGCACAAGGGAGACUUCCGUGACCUGGAAGAGUGCCUGUCAUUAUACCAGGAGGCGCUCUCUGUCCUUCCUGAAGGCCACCCUGACCGCCACAUCGCCCUCUUCAACUUGGCAUCCUCGCUUUCCACUCGCUUCAAGCACAAGGGUGACUACCGCGACCUGGAACAGGGUGUGCGACUGCAUAGGGAAGCACUUUCUCUGCGCCCGCCAAGCCACCCCAACCGCCCCCAUUCACUCAACAAUCUGGCAAUCUCAUUGUCCACCCGCUUCGAACACAAGGGUGAUUUCAGCGACCUAGAAGAGUGCUUGACAUUAUACAAGGAACUGCUUUCGCACCGUCCUACAGGCCACCCUGACCGCCCUAACGCGCUUAAUAACCUGGCGAACUCGCUUGGCACUCGAUUCAAGCACAAGGGCGACUUCCGAGACCUGGAAGAGUGCUUGACUCUGCACAGGGAGGCACUCUCGCUCUUCCCAUCAGACCACCCCGACAGUGAGAGAUCGCUCAACAACUUAGCAAACGCCCUUUCAACACGGUUCAAGCACAAAGGCGACCUCCGUGACCUGGAAGAGUCCUUGGAAUUGGGCAGGAAAGUUCUCUCGCUCCGCGGUUCAGACCACCCAGAGUAUCCCAGCUCGCUCAACAAUUUAGCAUCCUCAGUUUUCACGCGGUUCCAGCACAAGGGCGACUUCUGCGACCUAGAAGAAUCCGUGAGAUUGCUCGGGGAAGCGCUGUCUCUCCGCCCGGCAGGCCACCCCGAUCGCCCCACCUCGCUGGACAACCUAGCAUCUAUGCUUCACACCCGCUUCAAACAUAAGGGCGACUUAUGCGACCUAGAAGAGUGCCUGGAAUUGUACAGGGAAGCGGUUUCCUACCGCCCUCCAGGCCAUCACCUCCGCCCCGUCUCGCUCAGCAACCUAGCAUCAUCACUUUCCGUCUGUUUCAACCACAAGGGCAACCUCCUCCUCCUGGAAGAAUGCAUCACAUUGCAUAAGGAAGCGCUGGACCUCCGCCCUGUAGGCCAUCCCGACCGCUCCAUGUCGCUCAACAACCUCGCGGCCUCGCUUUGCACCCGCUUCCAGCACAAGGGCGACUUCCACGAUCUGGAGGAGUCCGUCACCUUGUACAGGGAAGCACUGGACCUUCGCCCUCGUGACCAUCCCGAUCGCCCCACCCCGCUCUUCAAUCUGGCGUCCGCGCUUGUUACACUGUUCGAGCACAAUGGCAUCCUCCACGAUGUGGAAGAAUCCGUGACAUUGCUCAGGGAAGCAGUUUCUAUGCUGCCUGAAGGCCACCCCAGCCGCCCCAUUGCGCUCCACAACUUGGCAACGUCGCUUUCCACUCGCUUCCAGCACAAGGGCGACUUCCACGACUUGGAAGAGUGCGUAAUAUUGCUCAGGGAAGCACUUUUACACCGCCCUGCAGGCCACCCCGACCGUCUGGCCUCGCUCAACAACCUCGCAACAUCGCUUUCCUACCGGUUCAAGCAUAAAGGCGACUUCCGCGAUCUGGAAGAGUGCGUGACAAUGCUCAGGGAGGCUCUCUCUCUCCGCCCUCCAGGCCACCCUGACCGUCCGGGCUCGCUCAACAACCUGGCAAACUCACUUUCCACCCGCUUCAAGCACAAGGGCGACUUGCAGGACCUGGAGGAGUGUGUUACAUUGCACAGGGAGGCGCUCUCUCUCCUCCCUUCGCCUCACCCCGAGCGCUCCAACCCGCUCAACAACCUGGCAGAGUCGCUUUCCACGCGUUUUAAGCGCAAGGGCGAUUUCCGCGACCUGGAAGAGUGCCUGACGUUACUUAGGGAAGCUCUCUCCCUCCGCCCUCCAGGCCACCCCAGCCGCCCCUAUUCACUUAACAAUCUGGCGACCGCACUGUCCACCCGCUUUGAACACAAAGGUGACCUCAGUGACCUUGAGGCAUGCAUCGAGGCCCUGCGGGAGGCUGUUCUUUUGUAUUCCAAGUCGGAUAAUUCACUGGGAGUCAAGCCCGAUUCCACAUGGACUGGUCAUCCCUCUUGCCUUGUGGUAAUUGGGAACCUUGUGGGCGUUCUCACUAGGAGGUACCUGGCAACCAGCGACAACGAUACCCUGAAUGAGUUAUUCCAGCUUCUCAGAUCAGGCACUCAGUUCCACGGGUCGUCGCCAAUGGCGAGGUUACACCACGCCCAGCGCUGGAGUUCAGCUUGCCGACAGUUCAACCGUCCUCAAGUUGCGCUGGAGGCGUACAGUUAUGGGGUCGCCAUUCUCCCUCAUUUAGCCUCUCUCGACCUCACACUGGAACAACGGCAAAACACUCUCGUCUGGGUUAAGGAUUUGUCGAGGGAUGCAGUGCAGUGCGCCAUCGAACAAGGACAGUUGGAGAUGGCGGUUGUCUUUCUCUCCAUUGCACGGUCGGUUUUUUGGUCUCAAGCCCUUCAAUUCCGGGGACCUCUCGACCGGCUGGAUGCCCUCCAUCCUGAUUUGGCGGCAGAAGUGCGCUCAGUCACUCGCCAACUGGAAAUUGCGACCCAAGAAACUUCGCAGGCUCACUCGACGUCGGCCAUGUCAACGCGUCCAUACCUUCUCUCCCAGAAGAGAGAGGAAGUCAUCGCACGAAUUCGAGCGACAGACGGCUUUCAGGACUUUCUCCUCCCCCCUUCCUUCGACACACUCAAGAGCGCUGCCAAACAGAAUCCCAUUGUCUUCCUCAACGCCAGCAAAUACGGAUGCGAUAUCCUGAUCUUGAAACAGGAUGGGACUUUACAUCGUCACCCGCUGUCUACAGAUUUGGAGCGAAUUGCGGGGUUGACGGAUGCGAUUGAGCCGUUAUCGCGAGGACAGGCAGCCGGAAAACAACUCCAACGCAAGAUUGACAGCUUCUGCGAAACCGAAACCCGAAAUACUCGCUUGAAGCUACGUCGUAAAAACAGGGGAACAGCGGAAGACGAUUUCAAGAAGCUUCUCGAGAUCCUCUGGGAUGUGGUAGCUGAGCCGGUUAUCAGAAUUCUAGGUCUGCAAAAGACUGACAACCCGCAACGAAUAUGGUGGUGUCCGACGGGCCCAUUCGCCUUUCUUCCCAUCCAUGCCGCCGGGAUUUAUGCCAACAAUCCUGAGGCGUCCGACUGUCUAUCCGAUUAUGUCGUGUCGUCUUACUGCUCUUCGCCACAAGACCUCAUUGCACCGCCGCCAACACCGAAUCUCGACUACGAAAUGCUUGUUGUUGUCGAGCCAGGAGAUUCAGGGCCGAGUAGACACCGCCUUCCAUUCACCAUGGAGGAGUUGAAGAAGAUUCAGCGUCGAAUCCCGCAUGAACGGCAUUUGGUUACUCGCAUAGGCUCAGCAGAGACUCCCUCCAACCCCGACACAAUCUUGGGCCACAUCAACUCAGCCUCUAUCGUUCACUUCGGGUGCCACGGAUCUCAAGAUUCCUCGAACCCGUUGGAUAGUUCUUUGAUCCUCAGCGGGGGUUGUCUGACCAUGGGAUCACUGAUACGAGGCUGCCGCACGUCCAAUGCUGCCCUUGCCUACCUGAGUGCCUGCGAGACUGCGAUGGGAGACCAGGAACGGCCCGAUGAAUCUCUCUCUUUGGCUGCGACUAUGCAGUUCGCCGGAUUCCGAAGCGUUGUCGCAACGAUGUGGGCCAUCCAAGACGAAGAUGCACCGAUCGUAGCCGAUGUCUUCUACCACCAUCUCUUUCGUCGUGGUACAGCGGCUCCUCCGGACAUAACCGAUGCAGCGUAUGGUCUGCAUCUUGCUGUGAAGAAGCUACGCGACCUGGGGAGACCGUUCCAGCAAUGGGUACCUUUUGUUCAUUAUGGAAUUUGA